AUUUAAUCCCUGGGCGUCGCGUCAGCAUUGGUUUUAAUGCACGCGACGCGUGACGCCAGAGACGAGGUGCCCAUCUUGCGCACCUCACAGUGGAAUGCCCUCUCUGGCAGGUAUCCAUAUGCAUCCGCCUUAUGCGCCUAGGGCAAUCGUCAUCCGUCACCAGGCCGAAGAUUAUUUUUAUGUGAUCCGCAGUUCAUCAUUGAUGGCUAGACGGGUUUUCCUUUCGAUAUGUCCUCGAUAGCGGGGCAGAGUGCCAGCACGUCGCGUCCCGCAAGCAGGCUCGAGAACAAGUUCGACAGCAGACCGCCGAGCAGCGCAUCGUGGAGACCAUCGUCGGCUACUGGUCUCGGUACUCCAGCUUGCGAUGCGCAAUCCAACCGCGCCCGGCCAGAGAGCCGCCAAGGUCUUCACGGUCCGGACGCCAGCAGUCCCAGCUCUGGCAAACGCAAGCGAGAUGCUCCUGUAGUCGCAGCGGACAGCCUCUUGAAGGCGCCGGUUGUCCUCAAGCCACAUCCCUCAGGCGUGACAGUGAAGCCGCGCAUGUUGCAUCCCUUAAUGCUUCUUCCUCGCGAGCACCUGUCGUUGUCAGCGCUCGACCUUUCCCAACCUCAAGGCGGCUUUCCCGCCAGCCGUCUUUUUGAAUCCAGCAUCAAGAUCCUCGACCUCGAAGGCCGCCUAGGGUCCAACGUCCUUCUCGCCCGCUCCGAGACAAGCCGCAUGAUUUAUGCAAUUGAACGCGAAAGCAAUGGCCUAUAUGCGCUGUGCAAGUUGGGGUCUUGGGUGGACAUGGAUAUUUUCAGCCAGAAUGCCACUGUUGUAUGUCGGGAGAGGAUGAGAAGUACCAAGCCGGCAAACCCGGAGAGCACCGCGGCCGCCCCAUUGACAACGCCGUCGAUGUACAAGGAGAGCAAGAGGAGGAGACUGGCCAUCGACGAGAUACAGUCCCUGGUCCGGAAACGCUCCAUGUCAGUCAUCGACAAGGAAAUUCCCGAGCGGCCCUCAACAUCAGCUGGUACCGAAGAUCGGUCAGCAUCAGGGAAUAAUGAGAGCCAAAAUAACCCCCCUGCAGAGGGAGGUGGUGAAGCGCUUGCUCAGCCUGGUUCUACCGUGUCAAGUGAAGGCGAUGCUGCGGCAACCGCCCAAGCACCCACCGCAGUCCGCGGUGACGAUCCCAACUCCCAGCCGAACCAAGACAUCCUCCAGAGCAUUAGAGCCCAGUACAUGGAGGCUUUAUACCAUUCAAAGGGUUCGUUGGCAUAUUUCGCAAAAGGUCCUCUCUCUCGGGCCAGGGCGGCAUUCCAUCCGGAUGUGGAUCCCAGCCGUGACAUGAAGGACCUGAUAGACUUCCUCAAAGGUCUUAUCAUGAACACGGUCUUAAUCGACAAAAAGUACCGGGAAACCAUCCCGGAGCUGAUAGCGAAGAUGAAGACGCUUGUCCACGAGUCGGAGAAUGGCUCCUCUAAGCCGAAGAAGAGAAAGACCAAGAAGCCCAAGUUAGGCAAGGACGGCCUAUACCCAGGAGAAGUCGACCAUAUUCGACGAUGGUGGCUCUCGCACCAACCCGUACCCAGCGGGGAUGACGAGGGAAAGCUCACGACAACCGAACACCGAUAUCACAUAUCCAGUCUGCGAAGGAGGGAAACGCAGCUCCAGAUGAUUUUGAUCCUGGAGAUCCUUGCCCUGGAACCCCUGACGCUCGCAAAGGGCAGCGAAUGCCAAGUGCCGGGAAUGGGAAUGGAAAGUCACGUCGACUCGCGAGAGACGAGCCAGGAGCCCUCGAGCAAGAAACGGAACAAGCACAAUCUCCCGGUACUCCUUGAUGUCCACGCCGACCGCCUCUGCAUCUGGCAGUCGACCACCUUAGACGAGUUCAAAGCCGUAGCCGAGUCUCAGGUGCCCGCCGAGGGCCGCGAGGGAGAAGAGCUGGAAAGGGCCAACUCAGACCCUCUGAGAGACUUUUGCGUCGAUAUUGUUAUGCCAUUCUUCUCCGCGCGGCUUCCUGGGCCAUGCGAUUCUCUUAACCGCAAACUAGGGGGGCCGGUUGCCCAGUCACCGCCCAAGGAGAAGGUUAAAAAGCCUACCUCAGUAGUCAAGCCGAAACCCGGUGCGCCGACAAAGCGAGUGGCGACCUCGAGACGGGACAGUAACCGGACUCUAGAGCGUGCGCUCUCAGUAGAGCGGAGUCGACGUAGCGUCUCCCGGGGACCGGCGGCGACAAUCGCUCUACUGCGGUCGGCGAGUCAAACAGUGAUACCAGGGUUGAAGCGGGAGGCGAGCGAAUCGUCAACAGGCUUGAUUCCAAAGGCAGAGCCCAGCUGUCUCCAGGAGAGACGAACGAGCAUCUUUUCGCGGAGCGUGAGUGUGAGCGGGGCGGAUCUGAAGGCGCAGAAGAAGGCCCAGGUAGAAGCCGAGCUCAAAGAUGCCAUCUCGGCGCUUAAGAAGCCGAACCGGACGCUCGCAGUGAAGGACUACAUCGAGGCCGCCGAGAUGCGGGCAACGGUAGGGCAACUAAAGAAAAUGAAAAAGCCCGCCAGCCGUGCCUCGGCUGUCCAGGUCAAGGCCACGCCGGCCAACAAUCGAUACAAGGACGCUUUGGCCGCAGACGCCUCCAAAUCCCAACCGGCGCCGUUCCUAGGCCUUCCGCCCUCGAGCGCCUCGGUGGUGCCGGCGUCCACGCUCCCUCGCAAGUUCGCCGACAGGCUCGGCGAGCCCAGACGGCCCGCAGACAGAAUCCAAGCCACACCGGCGCGGCCCAACUCAAACUCAAGCAUCCCCGCUACGCGCGGCCUUGGCCCAGUUCAAGAAGAAACGCCCGGGCCGGGCAUCCCCGCUUCCUCACCCCUCAUGGCCCGAAAAGCAGCGCCCCAACCACCAGCGCCACCCGCGCCGGCAUUCGCCCAAGGCCAGCCACGCUCUCGUCAACACCUAUCCGUUCCCGACCCCGUGGACCGCUUCUUCGGCGAUGCCGAUGUACCGUCCUCUCCGCCUGAUCUGCGCGGGCUGUUCGAAACCCCGGUCCCAGCGGCACGGUCGGGGCAGAACAGAGCGGCUAUGCUGGUGGAUGACACGCCGAUCAAGUCGAGGCUUCCCCUUGCGUUGGCACACGACGGAGGCAACAGGUCGUCGGCCCAUUCCUAUUCCAACUCGAUUAAUGCUAUCCAAAAUAACAAGGUGAAGGAAACGGUCGACAGGGGUGUUGAGGGUGGUGGGAGUGGGAGUGGGAGUGGGACGGGGAGUGACGAUGGAGACGGGCGAGGAGAGAACAGGAAUGAGCAGGAUGGAAUGAGCAUUUACCAGCGGCUGGGGUGGGAAACGACGGAUCUGGAUGAUAUUGAUGACUUGCUAUGACUGAACUGAACUUGGCUACUUAAGCUAGGUAGCAAUUAGACCUGGGGUCCUUGGAAAUGGGGAGGGGCGGGGUUCGGUAUUACGUACUGUUACUAGGUAGCUGUUGGAUCACGGAGGUGUAAGGCUGGUGGUGCUGGUGCUCGGGGGGCGUCGCUGGGAUAGAUGGGACUUUGCUUACAUGGACAGUAGAGAUCCGUGCUACAAUGAAGCUGUAGAAGGGCUGGCAACUUGGUCGGGUACUGUCCGUCGUGAAUGCUGAUUACUAAGUACUAUAGUUCCAGCUUCGGGUGUGACGAAACUCUAUUAGGUACCGCCCGAGAAUUCCAUUAGAGUCACGGCAAGAUAAAGCAUACUAUCAGUGACAUAGAAGCUGCGUU